AUGAACACCACACUCACAGGCCGCCAGCCUAGCGCGAAUGAAAAGACUAUCAUUGAUGAAGUCCUUUCUCUCUAUCAACUCAAACCGACGGAGAAAUCAUAUUCCCACUACCGCUCAGACGCCGUUUUCCAUGACCCCGUCUCCAUCGCCAAGGGCAAAGAAAGCAUCAUGUCCCAAUUCAACGGAAUGCCCAAACUCUUCUCAUCAUCUGAAACACAAAAAUGCGAGAUUCUCGACCCCGCGCAAGCGACCCGGCAAUCUUCGGCGGCGAGUACGCAUGCGGGGGAAGGGGGAGCCAUCGUGUUAGAUUUGACGCAGCAUUAUGUGUUCAAGGGGGAGAAGACGCCGGAGAAGACGUUGAAUAGCAAGAUUACGUUGCAGUUGGAUGGGGAGGGCAUGAUUCAGCAUCAUGAGGAGGAGUGGGAUCAUACAAAGAAUAAAACGGGCGAGGAUGGGUUUAUGGGGAAGUUGCAGGAGUGGAGGAAGAAGGCGGAUGCGAAGUUGGUGGAGAUGGGGGUUAGUAGUGAUCCUAAGAAGAUUUAGUUGGAAUCAGCUGGAUGAAGAAAGCGAUGAAGACAAGAGAUGCCCAAUGUCAUGUCAUCUCGUC